GCUCCGGAGAAACAGAUAGCCAUGGCUCCUAGACCGCAGGUGACUGUGGAGACUGAUUCCUCCCACAAUCUAAACAAUGACAACCCUCAGACUAAAGAUUUAGCCAUUCUGCCGGCUUACUCCACUGUGGACCUGGUGAAUGAAGCUCCAGAUGAAAAUAAUCCCUGGGAUAUCCCAGAGCUGAAAGACACUGGGAUCAAGUGGUCAGAGUUGGACACAAAAGGAAAGAUUAUGAGAGUGCUGACUGGUAUAGUGAAGUUCAUUCUUCUGCUUGGAUUUCUCUAUGUGUUUAUCUGCUCUCUGGAUGUUCUCAGUUCUGCUUUCCAACUAGUUGGAGGAAAAGCUGCUGGUGACAUCUUCCAGGACAAUGUUGUGUUGUCCAACCCUGUGGCUGGGCUGGUGAUCGGGGUGUUAGUCACAGUGCUGGUGCAGAGUUCUAGCACCUCCUCCUCCAUUGUGGUCAGCAUGGUAUCCUCUGGAUUGCUGGAUGUCCAGUCUGCAGUGCCGAUCAUCAUGGGUGCAAACAUUGGAACAUCUGUCACCAACACUAUUGUGGCCAUGAUGCAGGCAGGAGACAGAAAUGAGUUCCGGAGGGCAUUUGCUGGUGCCACGGUCCAUGACUUCUUUAACUGGCUCUCUGUGCUAAUCCUCCUGCCCUUGGAAGUCGCCACAGGUGUGCUGUACAAACUCACCCACCUUGUAAUCGAAUCCUUUAACAUCGAGGGUGGAGAGGACGCCCCCGACCUGCUCAACGUCAUCACGGACCCUCUCACCAACUCCAUCAUUCAGCUGGACAAAUCUGUCAUCACUGGAAUUGCUACUGGUGACCCGGAAGCCAGAAACAAGAGUCUGAUCAAAAUAUGGUGCAAAACCAAAACCAACACGACUUUCUGGAAUACAACAGUGGAGAACUGCACUGCCGGUGCCAUCUGUUGGGAGGAGGGAAACCAGACCUGGACUGAGAUGAACAUGACUUUGAUAGAUUACCAACAGAAAUGCAAACACAUCUUCGUCUACGCUAAUUUGCCAGACCUGGCAGUGGGCCUCAUUCUCCUGGCUCUGUCUCUGCUCAUCCUCUGCACCUGCCUCAUCCUUAUCGUCAAGCUGCUCAACUCCAUGCUGAAGGGGCAGGUGGCUGUUGUCAUCAAGAAGGUGCUCAACACAGACUUCCCCUUCCCCUUCAGCUGGGUUACUGGCUAUAUUGCAAUUUUUGUGGGAGCGGGAAUGACUUUCAUUGUUCAGAGCAGCUCCGUCUUCACCUCAGCUAUAACUCCUCUUGUUGGUAUUGGUGUCAUUAGCCUUGAAAGAGCCUAUCCUCUGACACUUGGGUCAAAUAUUGGUACAACCACUACUGCUAUACUUGCUGCUAUGGCUAGUCCUGGAGAAACGCUAGCUAACUCCCUGCAGAUCGCACUUUGCCAUUUCUUCUUCAACAUCAUGGGUAUCUUAUUGUGGUAUCCGAUCCCCAUCACCCGGGUGCCCAUCAGGUUGGCCAGAGGGCUGGGGAACCAUACGGCUAAAUACCGUUGGUUUGCUGGCUUCUACCUCAUCCUGUGCUUCUUAAUUCUCCCUCUCUCUGUUUUCGGGCUGUCGGUGGCGGGCUGGCAGGCGCUGGUUGGCGUCGGUGUGCCCGUCGUCGUGCUGGUGGUCUUUGUGAUCAUUGUAAACGUGAUGCAGUCUCGCUGGCCCCAGCACCUGCCCAGCAUCCUGCGCACCUGGGACUUUUUGCCCAGGCCCCUGCGUUCCCUUGGGCCCUGGGACACCAUGUUGACCUCGGCCUUCCGCUUCUGCGGCAAGCACUGCUGCUGCUGCUGCAGGUGCUCCAAGUGUUGCAAAGUGGUAGAGGACGAAAAAAUACGGAGAAGCAGCAUCAAGAGUCUGGAGAUGUACGAUAAUCCAGCCCUGUCACAAGAUGAGGAUACAAAGGAGGCCGUUAAGGCAACUCAUCUUUAAUAUUAAUCCAUUAAUUGUCUAUCUAUAAGCUGUACUCAAUGCAAUAAUGUAUUUUUUAACACACUUGUAAUUGUCCAUCACUUCUUAGGUUGUGGUAUGUUGAUGAUUUCUCUUUACUGUAUGAUAUACUAAGCACUCUAGUAAAUUGUCACUGACACAUACAUAUGAACAGAAGUUUUGGACACAAUGUUAUGAAGCCAGGAACUGCAGUUUCUGGGUAUGUGACAUUUGUUUUAUGUUGUUUUCAGACUCACUCCACUGUAAACCAGCACUCUGCCUUCACUCCGAAUGUUAUGAUUU